UCACGUGUUUCGACUUCUACACAUGACACGUCAGCAUUGUUGUCUGCUAGAUUUUUCGUCGACAGUUGAACCACGAUUCCUGACUGACAUUUGCCUUGGCAACAACGACAACAACAAACCAAUAUAAAACAAAAAACAACAACAAACAAAAGAAAACAAAAAACCUACAUUUGUCAAAAAUUGUUAUAUUUUAAUUUUCAAAAUAACCUCAUAAUGAAGAUUUUCUCAGAAUUAGGUAUUCGCUCAUCACAUAUGUUCAUCAUCAUAGCCGCUGGAGUUCUUGUGGUAAAUGUUGAUUCUCAGAUAUGCGGACGGGCUCCUGUAAUCUAUAACAGAGUUUUUACCGACAAGGCGGUCGUGGAAGAUGCACUGGUUACCAAAACGGGGAUCGCCACUAAACUCGGUUGUCUCGAAGUUUGUGGAAGAAGUCUGGCCGUUGUCUGUACUGCAUUCGUCUUCAACAAACAACAACAGCAGUGCAAGAUCUACAAACACAGUUUAAACCAACUGACACAAGUCACCGAAACGGGAUCCGUGGGAUUCGCGAUAUUAGAAGAAGCGACAUGUCCUGCACCGCCGCCCCUGCCCAAUGGCACAGUGACCUACACUUCAGUUGUAAUAGGAAGCACUGCCACCUACAGCUGUGAUGCAGACUACCACUUUUUUGGACUCAGCCAGUCAAGUGUCUGUGAGACGACUCGAGCGUGGAAUGGCUUUAACGGUUCUUGUAGACAAGUGUUUUUCUACAACAUUACACCUCCUAGCGGUCCAACUCGGGACAUAUCUGUUCCUGGAUUAGUUACCGCAGGAUGGAAGAUAGAGGCAAUAGGAACGCCACUUGAUUCACCAAGAUUCUAUUUCAAUCUAAUGCACGACAAUAACAGAAUUAUAGCCUUUCAUAUGGACGUGCGAUUCAACUUUGGUGAUGUCAUAAACACCGUGGUUAUCAACUCCUUCACUGGAUAUUGGGGCAGAGAGGACUCUUACCAGCCAUCCUUUCCAUUCGCCCCAGAUCAACAAUUUAACCUGACUAUCCUAGUGACGGAUAAUGGAUUUGAACUGACCGUGGAUGGCCAGUGGCAUGCAACACGGGAACACAGUAUUAACGCAGCAGUGAUCACCGCUAUCAGAAUAGAUGAUGCCUGCAUUUAUCAGUCAGUUAAAAUGUUUUACUGAUUGCCAGAGAGAGGAAAUCCACAGACAGACAGAGAGAGACACA